UGUAUGUAUUUAGAAAAGAUAGAGCAACUUUAUCUAAUAUGAUUAAAAUAACUUAAUUAUUGGGUAACCCAUAAAAAGACUUACAAUUUAUUCAUGUAGCUGGGACAAAUGGAAAAGGAUCGGUCACACUUAAAAUGUGUAAAUUAAUGUAAUCGAUUGAAUCUUGUGGUUGUUUUACUUCUCCACACAUUUCAAGUUUUAGAGAAAGAAUUAAAGUACAUUUAUCAACAAAAUGAGGUCAAUAAUUAAAUGAUUUCUGAAGAUUAUGUUUAAGAGAACUUAAAUGACUUAUUUAAUUUAGCAGAAAAGAAUAAUCUUGAAUUGACAUUUUUUGAAUAUGUGACUUGCUUAGCUUUAAAAUAUUUUAGCGAUAUGCAAAUUAAAUAUGUAGCAUGGGAGACUGGUUUAGGAGGGAGAAUGGACUCAACUAAUAUUAUUAGAUCUCCUUUAAUCUCAAUUAUUACAACUAUAGGGUUUGAUCAUAUGUAAAUUCUUGGAAAUACACUUGAAUUAAUUGCAAAAGAAAAAGCAGGAAUUAUCAAAUAAAAUUGUCCUGUGGUUAUUGGACCAAAAUGUAAACCAUAUGAAGUCUUUUUAAAAGAAGCAGAAUAAAAGAAUGCUGAUUUAACAAUAGUCUAAGGAGAAUUCUCAAAUUUUAAUGAUGAAAAUAAUGCCAUAGUAAUGGCUGCAUCAAAAAUCUUAAUUAAUAAAUACUGUACUUUUAUAUUUAAAUUAGAAUUUCAAUUAAAUAAUUUUGAAGAAGUCUUAAAAAUAAGAUAGCCAUGUAGACUAGAGGAAUUCAGUAUAUAAAAUAAAAAAGGAGAGAACAUCAAAUUAUAUUUAGAUGUUGGCCAUAAUGAAUAGGCUAUUGUAAAUAUAAAUAUUAACUAAAAUAGAAAAGUGUCUUAGAUUUACUAAAGGGUAAAUAGGUUAUUUCUAUAUAUGGAGCAUCUAAUGAUAAAGAUAUCACUUCAUGUUUAUCAUUGCUUAAAUAAAAUUGUCAAUCAGUUUACAUGGUUUAAGCUAAAAACAAUAGAGCAUUUUAAAUUUAAAAACUAUAGGGUUUAGAUAAUGUAAACAUUUUAUAUGAGGGUGAUAUUUCAUAAACAGUUUUGGAAAUAGUAAAUAAAAUAUGUAAAACUGAUUAAAUAAUAUUGGUGAUUGGAUCUUUUUACAUCAUGGAUGAAGUAAGAAUCACCCUAAAGAUUUGUUAGACAGAAUCUGAUUUUAGAUGA